AUGGACCUCGAUGUCGGUCGGAUUAACCCACGCCUGCCCACCGUGGACUCCGAGGAGGAAAGCUAAACCAACUGACCUCCACCCCCAAAACCUCAAUGAGGAUUAAGCUAACAACAUGAGCUGAGCUAACAACACAACAAUAUGCUGAGCUAACAACACAUUCCUGUUUUUCUUCAGCGGUGUUACUGCCUGGGGUUAGCAUUAGCCGCUAGCUGACUGGCAGUAGAAGAGGAGGAGAGCAGGGGGGGGCCCCGAGCACCGCUGGUGUUGCUGCCCAGGAGAGGCAGGGCAGCGCAGGAGAGGAGCAGAGGGACGAGGAGAGGGAGGUGGGGGAGGGAGAGGUGGCGGGCGGGCAGCGGCACAUGGCCGUGCAGCGGCUGGUGGCGGCAGCAGUGGCGGUGGCCCUGCUGUCCCUGGUCCUCAACAACGUGGCAGCCUUCACCCCCAGCUGGGUGCUGCAGGCCCUGGAGGAUGGACGCAAGCGCAGCGUGGGGCUGUGGAGGAUGUGUCCCGUCAUGACUGGAGGAGAGAGUGGCCGGGAUGAACCUGGGGAUGGGGGGUCCAAUAGGAGAGGUCAGGGGACUCAGAGGCCGUGUGAGGGCUUGGGCUGGGGCUCGGAGUAUGCAGGCUACCAGGAGUCCCGCAGCACCGUCAAAUGUAAGUGGAAUGACGUGUCUGUUUCUUAAAUGUUAGCUCAUUAUGAUUAUUAUUAUUAUUUUUUUUUACAUAGGUCUAGUUCAGAAACUAGGAACAAUGCAAUAUAAAAAGGUAGGUGCCCUGGGAAUGAAGCUCAGACCAGCAGAUCGUUGACGAUGCAAUAACGUUUUUUUGUGCAUGGAGAUCAACAAUGAUCAUGUAUAUUGCCAAACCAGACACAGCAAGAUGUUAAACCCAGUUGUUGACAGUUGACGAAUGUGAUGCAUACAAACCAGAAACAGUCAAUCUCAAUCAGUGAGAAGAGAUGGCCGCCUGGGCUGUAUUGGACUGAUUUAUAACAUACACUGAUAAGGACACUGAUAAAAAAAGGACAGUUCAAAUUCUUACUAUCAAGGCUUGAGUGACUGGUUAUGUCAGGUUAUGACAACAGCCUUACAUUUGAUAUCAUAGUAUGACACACAGCAAUCUGAAAUCAACAGGUCAUCACAGUGACUUGGUCAAGUAGACUACGAUUGGUUCAAGCAGAAGUAAAAAAAAAAAAAAAGGUGUCUUUGUCUAUAGUUUGAGAUGAAAAUCUGCACAAUUCAUAUGGAUCCAUCAAUAACAAUGUAUCAAUAUGUCCGUAAACAUACUGUUAACCUGACGUCUUGGCCAGAGAGAUCAUCCUAGAAAAGUAUCCCCCUCUCUCUGCCCAUCAGUGCAGUUUGACAUGAUGCGAGCGUGUAACCUGAUGGCUACGGUGGCGCUGACGGCCGGGCAGCUCAUCUUCCUGCUGGGCCUGAUGGAGCUGCCCUUCAUCACCCAGGACUCCCAGUGGUGGGAGGAGGCCAUCGCCGCACUGUUCCAGCUGGCCAGUGAGUACCACACCAACCUAGUUAGAGCUACAGUCUGGGAAUCUGUUAAAUGUUUUAUAUUUAGUCGUUGAUUCUUGAAGAAUAACGAAUCCAAGAAUGUGGCUUUAAUACACUGACCACAGAACAUGGGGCAGGGUGUUUAUAGCUACAUGUAGCCUACCCCAGUGUCUGCAACCUCUGGUUCACGGACCGCCACUGGUCCAUGGGAUGAUGGUUUGCGGUCUAGGAGAUGGUUAGCUGUAUAUGAUUUUGUCAGUUGUCAGGUACUAGUUGUAAUGUAAGAGGUCAUUCAAGGAGGCAGAAAGGACCCUAGCUUGCCAGUCCCUUGUAAAAAAAAAGAGGUUGAGAAACACUGGUCUAGAUUAGUGUAUACUCUAUGUAUAUCUGUGGCUCUGAGAUGGUGCACAAAUACAAGCAACCAGAUGUGGCAGGCUGUCCAACACCUACAAUAGAGAAAAAAACGGAAACUUACAAAGCCUGGACAUGAACACUGCAGAUGGCCAAGUAGUCGGUCAUUCUAUGUGAAAAUAAAAAGACAAAUGCUAAACACAGGCAAUGUCAAAAAUCAUUUUUCAAAGGAUCUUUCUGUGAAAUAGAACAUGCAUGGACAUUUUUGUUUCAUUUUCACAUGGAAUGAUUUUGCAGUUUUAAAGCUUAUUUCCUGCAAUUCUGUGCAUUUUGCCAUGGUUAAUGCUGUGUUCCUCUGCUCAAACAUUAUAACAAAAUCAAAUGGGCAUGUGCUCUGAAUGCCGGAUUUUUAAAUGUUCGAUUCUCCCUGAUUGUCUAGUUUAUAUUUGAUUGUUAGUUCUCAAGGAUGGAAUUAUAAAAAAAAUGGUUAUAGUUCAAUAUCUUUUCUGCAUGCUUUCUAUCUGGUUUUGGUCAUUUAAGUUGACACCGAAACUGUUUUUCAACCCUGAAAAUUCCUACUUAGACAGCCCGCCUAAGAGUUUUCUAUAGUUCAAGAUUUUGGCAUGGACACAGAGACAUAAAAAUUGUAUCCACAAUGGUAUUCUGUUGCAGCUAGCGAUAUUCAUAAAAUAAUUAUUUUUCACAUAAACCCCCCCCCCCAAAAAAAGUAUAAUAAUAAUUGACGGACCCCUUGCAGUACCGUAGUUUGAAAACCCCUGAGUUAGGCAACCACACUAUAAAACACCUACUGCCCAAAGCAAGACACCAAUGCACUACCAGAUAGAAAGUGAGACUACAGGGGAAUCUAAAGUGAACGAGUAAGUGUCUAACUCUUGAGUUCAACUUUGAAAUGUUCAAUAGUGUUCAUCACUUCAGGAUUUUUCUGAACGUUCCUCAGAUCUAAAAAUGUUCACAGUGUGUUGCUAAGAAACAAAAUUCCCUCGUUCCCCAGUGCAACACAUAAGAGAAACCCGUGGAGCUUUGAGGCUUGGCUAGAGGACAAAAAACAUAAACAAAUCUAGAGACUAAACAAACUAAAAACCAAAACAAGGAUCAGCCGUUAUCGUUCCAAGAUGUAAUUUUCUUGAAAAGUCAAUUAAAGAGAAGGACGACCAGGAAUAGCAAUGGAAAGGAGAGGAAGAGGGGGGUGAGGGCAGACCAAGACUACCUCCCUCCCUCCCGCCAUCCAUCCCAGAGGGCCGUGUGGCAGUGUAGGCAUGGCCCUUUCCCAGUGCCCAUGUUGGGGGGGGGGGGGGGGGGGGGGGGGGGGGGUGACGUUGUCACGUUGUAUUGGGCUCACAUCUUGUUGUUUAGGGAUGUCAGGCCUGGUCAGUAUUGUGGCACAGCGGGGGCAGCAUUCAAGGGUCUGAUGGUUAAAUAUAGCAGGCGGUCGGUGCGGGCUGGGGGGCCGGCCGGAGCUGCAGCGAGCCAGGGAGCGACUGUCGGGCGCCAGGAUAUCCCUGCUCAGGACAAGGAAAUGCCUGCGACUACCUGUUAUGCAAACCCUUAGCAGAGGAGGAAAGAGAAGGGAGCGUACGCAAAAGACAGUUCAACAGAGACUGAGUGUGUGUGUGUGCGCAUGUAUUGGGUUGGUCGGUACAAAAACGUCAUUUUAUACACAUCACUGUAAGGUGGGAAGAGCUGCUGUCCAGAUAAGCUUGGCCUAGCUUUUAUGCCCGUGUUUAAAGAAUGUCCAGGAACAGGGGCAAAUAAAGGGUCCGCUCUCUCGACAUGAGAUAAAAUGCAAGCUUCUUCGGGCCGCAUCGCUGGGACCCACCCAAAUCAUCCCUGAUUCCCCUUCCAAAAGAACGUGCCGAGCCAAACUAUUGUUUGGCACAGAAGGACUUGUCUCAUCAAUGUGUGAGAUGUUAAUACAAUGGCAGAAUAAUUAGGUAUGGAUGGAUAUUUAGGGCGGUUGUCGGUAGCUGUUUUCAGCUGCAAAAAAUAAAUAACUGCCCGUCUAUUAUAAACCCACAUGUUGACAUUAGUAAGAAUAGGGACAUGACUAAUGAGUGAGAGAGACACAUACACACCUACUUCCCCCAGAUAAAAAUACCCGCAGCUGGAAAAAUUGCAUUAUUCUUUGUACUCAUAUGCCACUAUAUGAAGACUUCACCAUAUUUGGUCAACAAGAGUGAGCAGAAUAUAGAUGACUUGGUGAGGACUUCAAGGCAGUAGAGAUAACAAUGGUUCCUAGGUAUCAGUGUCCCAAGGCUUCUCAUUGGCUUACUAUAUUGACUAUGAAAUAAGAGACUAUAUGGAAAUACAAACAGCCAGAGCCAAGACCUGAUUUGACAGAUCUUGACAGUGAUUCAAAGGCAAGACUAGCCUACAGUAUAUUAUAAAACAGGUACAUUUCAAUAAUCAAUGCACAUCCACUGUCCCACAGCCCAGCCAGGCAAUUCAUAAUCUUCAUCUCCACCACUUGAAAAAAAACCAUCUUGACAUUAUUUAUAAUAUAUUGAAAACCAGCAGACUUAGUGAUUUCCCAUCAUCCCCAUUGCCUUCACUUAAUCUAGGCCCAUUUCCUGAGUUCAGGACAGUUAUGUAGACCUCCACCGCUCAGCAGUUCCUCUCCUCCCCCACUGAGAGCCAGUGAAUGGGCCUCUCUCUCCCCCUCUCUCUCCGCUGUGAAUGGGAGUUAUUUUUUACGAGCAGCCAGUCUUUCUCGGGAAAGAAUGCUCUGUUUUCAUUUUCGGGAUGUGCCAAACACCUCAGCUAUCACAUGCAGACAGUGGGAUCACACAUUUAUUAUUAUAUUAUAUUAUCAUAACAAUAUCCAAUUCCAUUCAGUGAUAUCUCAACACUGGUUUCAGCAGCAGGUCUGAACUGUGGCUGAGAGUAACACUGGCCUGUUUUCAACCCCUGAGACUGACAGGCUCAGGAAUGUGCGACGGAAUGGAGAGAGCUCUGAGUGAGGAUCAGAGGAUCAAAGAUAAAGGGUUAGAGAUUCAUGUGGGUUUGAGAUGCACAUCCACAGUUUACACUGCUAUGGGGGGAAUGUGCAGUGGGCACAACUGGCACCACACCCAAACUGUGGCCUUGGCUAUUGUGUCUCCCCUACACAUUUACAUUUUAGUCAUUUAGCAGACGCUCUUAUCCAGAGCGACUUACAGGAGCAAUUAGGGUUAAGUGCCUUGCUCAAGGGCACAUUGACAGAUUUUUCACCUAGUCGGCUCGGGGAUUAGAACCAGCGACCUUUCGGUUACUGGCACAACGCUCUUAACCACUAAGCUACCUGCCGCCCCAACGGGGCAAUUGCAUCUCCAAAAAGAACAAUACCAAGGGAAAUAUGUGCUUCUUUCUGGAGGAAGAGAAACGCAAGCCAAACGCGAUAGGCUUAAAAAGUCAAGGAAUUUGAACGCCGGGACCUCUUAGGCUUGUGGGUGACUACACAGCACAGUUGAGUGCACCGCGGAUUAAGCUGAGGGCAUUUAGUGGGCUGGUUGUCAUACCAAUCAUUCUCUAUUAAUUGAAUAGUGCUAAGUCAUUCAGGUAUGAUAUGACUACUAGUUGUCCUAGUUUAAGAAUGACAAUAGAUUAAUUGGAAGGACAAGCAGUAAACUCAGUGAAUUUCCAGGACCUAGUUUUAUUACAAUGAGAUAAGAAUGGGUUCAGUCAGUGUCUUUCAGAAAGGUCGUUGACUGCCUGACUGUGUCAAACAUCCCCAUUCGCUAACCUGAAGCGGGGGGUGUGGCGAGAAGGGAAGGAAGGAAGGAUGGAAAGAGAAAAAAUAGGAAGGAAGCCCGACAGAUUAGACUGUGCCAAAAAAAAGCCGUUCACACAGCUCACAUAGCCUGAAGCCCGGGGACUGGGGAGGAGAGAUCCUUUAUGAUUUUUUUGAAAAUGAGUCAGGCAGGUUAAACACACACAGAUGGACAGACAAACACUUGCACGCAAGUUACAUACUCAAAUGCAGACACAUAAGGAACACACACACAUUUAAAUCACACACAGGCAUAUACAAUUACUUACCGACAAACUCCCAUAAACAAAGACAGGCUUAUGGAUCGGAAUCACCCAUACAGAGAGAGACAUAUACAGCCAAACUCUCACACAACAUUUAAAUAACGCUUGUCCAGCAUUGUCACUGGCUUACUGGCCUGCCACAGGAAACUGACUGUUUCAUAUCCUAAUGGACCAACAUCCCCUUUUCCAGCAAGUAUUUUUGGUCCCUUUAUUUAUACCAACUGUUGAUCGGACAUGCUCCCAAACGAGUGUUAUUGUUGAACUAUUGACUGGCUCCAGUCAUCACUUAAGUCUGGGAAAUUGAGUUCCUCUUUGAGAUCUAGGCUAGUGAUCAAUCCAUUGUGGGUGAUAGUUCAUUUCGGUUACAAAUCAAAUGUUGUCAUCAUACUUUGUGGGGGGACAGGGUUGGUUGGGGGAACAUGGGUAAAUUCCCCACCUUGGUUUUUUCACCAAUUCAUAUUCAAACCAUAAAGCUGAAAUACUUAACUGGUGAAACUGCCAUGUCCGUUUGGGAUAAUACAACAACAAAGAAGUUACUGCAAACAACAAAGACUGUAUUAGGCGAACAGUGCCGCUGUUUCCCCUAAUGCAGACUGUAUCUUGAUGAAAGUUUGUUGAUGAACAGUGAUAUAAAUGACUCAUGUUGAACAUUUCUCUCUUUUUGAUCAUCUUCCCUGAUCAUGGUGACGUAGGCUACAACAAUGUUUUAACGUUACAUCAAUAAUACAUUAGAAAGGCUUUCAAACUGAUUUGGAUAGCUUUUCUGAGAAGAAUGACGGUGAUAUUUCCUUGCGUGUGUCCUUUGAUGUUGAAAUCUCAGUAGUCCUCCCAGAGAGGAAACCUUUAGAAUUCAAAGACCACAAGCAGAGCUCCUUCUGGGCUGAAAGGCUCUGGGAGAAUUUCUAAGCACAGCAGGCCAAUAUGCCGCAUGAUCUACCUGUAUAAAAUUUUCCUACUAUUAUGUGGCCAUACUGAAUAUAAUUGGGACCAAGGGUCAUGUGGCUUCCUUUAUUCAUCCCAGCAACUGAUUAUCCCCCAUAGAUUUUUAUUGCCCCUCUACUUGUGACUGCUUAACUUGACUAGAACGAAUCGUGAGGAUUUUAGUGGAGUUGGCAACAGUGAGAUUAUGAUAUUCUACCGCCCCUCUCCAUCAAUGUCACCGUUAAAGAAAUUCAAUUGAUUAAAUUGUUUGAGAUGAAGAACGAAAUUCAGAGAUUUGGGAAUCUCUGGUUUGAAUGACUAAGGCCUCAUUGAAUUAACCCUUCCCUAACUCUCUCCCUCCCCAGGUUUUGUGCUGGUGAUCGGCUUGGUGACGUUCUACCGGAUCGGUCCGUACACACACCUGUCCUACUCGUGCUACGUGGACAUCGCCGCCUGCUUAUUGGCCACACUGGCCGCUGCCAUGCUCAUCUGGAACAUCCUGCAUCGCCGCGACGACUGCCUCACACCCCGCGUCAUUGUCAUCAGCCGCUCGCUGGCGUCGAACUUCCACCCACGCCUCGACAACGACUAUGUGGAGUCGCCCUGCUGA